CCGAUAAGAAGUCUUCCCUUCUCCGCCUGGAGCACCUCCGGCUAGCUCGCGCGAGCUCAGUCCGCCGCCAUUCGACUUGCGAUCCGAUUCGACCAUCGUGUUCUUGAUCUUGCCAUGGUGGUGACGGCGGUGGUGGAGUCACCGUCGCAGCAGCGGCAGCGGCUUCGCGCGCCGCUCGCCAGCAACGGGGACUUCGAGCUCCGGCACUGGCGCCCGGUGAAGCGGGUCUCGGGGAUGCGGGGCCGGCGGGCGCCGCCGGAGAUAGAGGUCCCCAACGACGACGGCAGCCUGGGCGGGCGGGGCUACACCAGCCUCCGGGACAUCAUGUCCUCGCCCGAGUACGCCGCCGCGAAGGCCGGCUCGCCCGCCGGCACCGGGAGCUGCGGGGACGUGCACAUGAUCCGGCACCCGCUGGUGAAGCACGCGGCGUACACGUACCUCCAGCUGACGCCGUCAGCCCGGGAGGAGGCAAGGAGGCGGCGGCGGAGGCGCGGCCCGCUCUGCCGCCUCCUCCUCGGCUGCAUCGGCUUCGUCGGGGCGCUCUUCGGACUGUGACGUCGCCUCCGGCCAGAAUAUUUUGCAUACCGUUUUUUUUUUUUUUUUGCCUUUUCUCCGUUACUUUCUUGCUUAUUUUUCCUAUUUAGAACAGAAUUGACUUUUUCGAGCUUUGAUUUGUGUUGUAAUUUGUGUAAAUAAUUCGGUAGGAUUAGGUGCAAGAGAGAUGAUAGCACCGAGAGAAGGAAUUGCAUACUAGCAACAGCAGAUUUUUUUCUUUUUCUUUUUUGUCAUCAUGAACACAUGAUAUUGAUGCAAUAGUGGCAAUGAAAUGAGAGAACAAAUCAUGCAAACGAAAACGAUAAAGAAAAAUGGAACAUCACAAAUUAAAAAUGCUUCA